AUUCACCAACUCAUCCACAGUGGAGUUAAACCUUACAGCUGUGACUUGUGUGGAAAGUCUUUUACCCAGUCUGGAAGCUUAAAAAGACACCAACUCAUCCACAGUGGAGUUAAAGCUUACAGCUGUGACUUGUGUGGGAAGGAUUUUGCCCGGGCUCAAGGCUUAAAAGUACACCAACUCAUCCACAGUGGAGUUAAAGCACACAGCUGUGACUUGUGUGGAAAGUCUUUUAUCCGGGCUGAAAGCUUAAAAUCACACCAACUCAUCCACAGUGGAGUUAAAGCACACAACUGUCACUUGUGUGGAAAGUCUUUUACCCACGCUCAAACCUUUAAAACACACCAACACGUCCACAGUGGAGUUACACCAUACAGCUGCAACUUGUGUGGAAAGUCUUUUACCCAUCGUCAAAGCUUAAAAUCACACCAUAUCAUGCACAGUGGAGUUAAAGCACACAACUGUGAGUUGUGUGGUAAAGCUUUUGCUCAAAGGCACGAAUUACACAGGCAUCUAGUUACCCACUCUGGAAUUAAGGCAUACAGCUGCGACUUUUGUGGAAAAACGUUCAGCGACAAACAGUACCGAAAUAGUCACCGUCGGAUUCACACUGGAAAUGAUGUUUACUUCUGUGAUCAGUGUGGGAAACCAUUUACAACAGAUGCAAAGUUACAACUACAUAUGUUUAGUCACACUGAGGAGAGACCUUAUAAAUGUAACCUGUGUGAGAAGACUUUUAAAUCUCCACAUCACGUGAGAAAACACCGACAGAUCCACACCAGAAAAUAACAACUGCAGUUACAGUGAGGAUGUAUUGAUUUUUUUUUCUUGUAAUUUUAACCUGAUUGUUUGGAACAAGUCUGAUCAGUAAACUUAUGGAGUUAUACUGAAUGAACUGUUUCGAAAAAUAAAGAGUCGUUUUCGCUCAGUAAGCUGAGUGUUAUAAUGUAAACAGUAAAAUGUAAUUGGACGUUGGCAGAGAUGCUCUUUAUUUCAGGCGACAUUCAGGAUAAAAAUAAAAAAGCGGAGCAACGCAUAUGGAUCCAGUUCUCAACCCUGUCGUCACUGUAGUGGUGGGAAAGAGUUUCUCUGUGACCUUUGUGAAAAAACUUCCAAUCAUCAACAGGACCACAUAAAACCACAUCAACGUAGACACACUGGAGACAAAACGAACUACUGCAAAGAAUGUGGGAGAGGCUUCCACACACCAAGUACAUUAAAAAUACCAAAACUCUUCAACAGUGGGGUCAAAAAGCACAUCUGUGACCAGUGUGGGUCAUGCUUCACCACCGGACAUGAGCUUAAAGAAAAAGCAUAAGUGAAUCCACACAGGAGAGACACCAUACAAGUGCAGACACUGUGACAAAAGCUUCUCACAAUCAGGUCAUCGUAAUAAACAUGAACGUACACACAUGGAAGUGAACUUCAGCUGUGACCAGUGUGACAAGAGCUUCAGGAAUGUCAGUUCAUACUCCGAACACAAACGAUUCCACGCUGUAAAUAAACUGUUUCACUGUUACCAAUGUGCAAAAACAUUCACUUCAUUAUCUGCUCUGUGCAAACAUCAGCCUGAUCAUGCAGGACUGAAAUCACUGGAUCACAAUGAAUCUGAAGAGAGAGAAAGAUCCUCUUCUGGUUUCAGGGUCAGACUUAAAAACCUUGAGAUCAGGCUCCACAGAGUUCAGAUGGAAUCUCCUGUAAAGAGUGUCAGCUGAUGUCACACUUGGAUCUGAUCAGGUAGCUCUGAUUUCUGGACCUGCA